AUGUCGGCGACUGUGCCGGAGGUGAUUCUCGUGGGGCCGAAGACGCGCUACCGACACUUCACGCGGGGCCCGCGUGAUUUGUACGCCCCCGCGGAGAUGCUGCCGGACCCACCGCCGCAGCACGUCUGGAGCUACUGCGUGUCGCGGGAACACAACAACACGGUGUACUUCCACAACGACGCCAGCGGGAGGUCGCUGUGGGUGCUGCCGCGACUCGCGGCGGACGGCACCGAGGCGGCCGAUGACGCGGAGGGCGUCAUGCGGGCCAUCGGCUCCGUAGAAUCGGCCGCGGCAGCGCGGAGGCGCGCGGCGUCGGGGUCCACGGAGGAGGCGGGCCACGAAGCGGCCGCGGGUCGCCGCGCCGUCGUGCGGCAGAGCAUUGAGAAGGCGGUGCAGCAGGCGCAGGCACGGAGGCCGGCGGAGACGACGCUGGCAACACCGCCCGCCGAGCCCGCCGCUGGGGGCAAUGGAGAAGAGAAGAGCACCUCGGCACCGGUGCGGGAGCGGCUCGCGCUGUGGCGCGCCAAACGGGCGCAGCAGCACCAACAACUGCAACAGGGAGGCGAUGAGGGGAGCCUCCCGCCUCACGGGCGUCCUUCUUUCUCUGGCCCCUCCACAGCCACGGCACGGCAGCGAGCGUCCUCGGCGGCUGGCAAGGCAACUCCACAGGGUGCGUGCCACGGGGCAGCCCCGGAGCAGGAGGAGGCAGUCCGCAGGGGUGUACAGCCCACACAAGACGCUGAAAAAGUAGAAAAAUCACAGCCGCAUCAGCGGCAGUCUCCCUCGCUUGAACGCGACGUUUACGACGAAAAGCGGCGACUGUUUCUCGAGGCCCAUGAGGAGUUGCAGAGGGAGAAGGAGACGGCGCUGCAGCAGGAGCGUCUCGCACUCGAACGGGCAGCUCGCCUGCGAGAGGAGCAGCAGCGGGAGGAGGAGGAGCGCACGCGACUGGCGACGGAACGGAAGCGGCUUGAGCAGCAACGCCUAGAGCUGCAGAAGCGGGUCCUCGAGCGGCAGCGGGAGCUCCUGGCGAAGGUCGAGGAGGAGGCGGCACGGCGGGAGAUGGCGGCGAAGUUAGACAACUUUUUUGAAAACAGUUCACGGCUGGAGCACCAGGCGCAGGCCGAGCGGCAGCGUGUGGCGUCAUUCGAGGAGGCCAUCGCGGAGUCCCUGCUGGAGGCCGUGGCGAAGAGCCGCACGGCGCCGCCGAAGGAGGAGCGGCGCAUUGACCUGCGCCUGCUCGAGGAGGGCGAAGCAGACGCGGAGGGGGACGAGGAUGAAAACAACAACAGCAACCGCCCCGCCGUGUUGGGGAGGGACGGAGCCCCCAACGGCCGCACGUGGAGGGAGGCUGAAGCUUCUCCCCCGCAGCGGCGGCACCGCGACCAACAACAUGAGCCGCAACGGCGCCGCGACCGCAUCGCGUACAGUCCAUCGCUCGUGUAUGUGGGGGAUGUGAUGGGCGGGGGUCGCAAGCCGCCGUCUUUUCUGCAGCGUCAGGGGCGAGGCACGUUUUUCUACGACGCCGCACAGAGGUACUUCUUCGAGGGCGCGUGGUGCGACGACAAGCGGGACGGCAGUGGUGCCCUCUCGCUCCCGCACGUGGCGCUGGAGGGGACGUGGCGGCGGGAUCAGCUUGAGGGCCGUGCGACGUUUCAAACCAAGCGGUUGAAGGGAACAGGAGAGUUCCAGGAGGGCGUGCUUGCCGGAAAUGCCGUCGUUGAAAUUGACUGCAACAGCGUCUUCGCGGGGCGCGUGAGGAAAAAUGCGGCCAUCGUGGACUCGGGUGCCAUCACGCUUGCCUCCGGCGAUCAUGUGGAGUGGCUGCGCGAUGAGACGAAGGACCACAGGGGCGCAAGACAGCGGACUGCGACGGAGGCGUCUAGCUCUGCUAACGGCUCCGGAAACUGUCGCAUCCGCUUCGCCAACGGUGACACGUACGCUGGUCAGGUGGAGAACUAUCAACCACAUGGGACUGGAGCCUAUCGCUUUGCCGCCGAGGGGCAGGAGUACGUGGGGGAAUUUCAACACGGCCGGCUCCAGGGUCGUGGCACGUAUUCCUUUUCGAACGGCAGCGUGUACACUGGACAGCUGUACAAGGGGCUCUUUCAUGGGGAAGGGCAGUACGUGCAGCGGGACGACUACAUCUACGAGGGAUCCUGGGAGUACGGCACGGCGCACGGCAAAGGGAAGCUGAUAUUUGCAAACGGUGAUGUGUGGGAGGGGGAGUUUGACCACGACCGGCGCCUGAAUGGACGCUACACUGCUUCACAUUUGUUUCAGCUAUAG